CUGCAACACAAAUACACGGGGAAACUCGAAUGAAGUUGUUUCAACAUGAAGGGAAACUCAAUUCAAUAUUAAUUUGUGCUUAGGCUAGGGAAAAUGCUUAUCUCAAUAAUGUAUUUCAUAUAUGAUAAUCGAUGUACACUGGAGUAUAUUUAUACAUGCAGGGAUGCUAAUGAGAUAAUUCUAGAUAGCUACAAUCGUGGAGAUAAUAACAAACAACAACCGUAUGCUAAAAUAAUGUACAUGAUAAUUACAAUAAUAAUUAUGCUUCAAUACGCCCCCGCAAGAUGGAGGUUCCGUUGGAAACUCCCAGCUUGGACCUGAACCGUUCAAAAGGCACUUUUCCAAGCGGUUUUGUGAGGAUAUCAGCAAUAUGAAAUUUGUUAGAGAUAUGUCGAACGGAGAGUUGCCCAUUUUCAACCAAGUCGCGAACAAAGAAGAAAUCAAGUGCUACAUGUUUCAUGCGUGAAUGGAAUACCGGAUUUACACAAACAUAAGUGGCACCUUGAUUAUCACAUAGUAAUUGUGGGGACUGAGGAAGACGAAUACCCAAUUCAGAGAGAAGGUUUUGGACCCACAAAAUUUCAGCACUAGCAUGAGCUACGACCCUGUAUUCGGCUUCUGUAGAAGAGCGAGACACUGUCUUUUGCUUGGCAGAUUUCCAUGAGAUAAUAUUGGAACCAAGAUACAAUACAUAGGCUGUAAUAGAUUUCCCCCCAUCAUGAAUGUCUCCCCAAUCCGAAUCAGAAAAGGCAGUGAGCGUAAGUGGUGAUGAACGCUUGAGGAAGAGCCCAUGAUUAAUUGUGCCUUUGAGAUAUCGGAGAAUUCUUUUGACACCUUGUCAAUGAGUCUCCUUCGGUGCAUGCAUGAAUUGGGAUAAACGGUUGACCGCAAAUGAUAUAUCAGGUCAUGUGAAGGCUAGGUACUGCAAGAGACCAAGUGCGCGACGAUAUUGGCUAGAAUCAGCCUGGUUUGUGCCAACAGUAAGAUGAGGUGGAGCGGUAGAGCUCAUAGGAGUGGUGGCCUCUUGUGCACCUUCCAUGCGACAUUCUUCUGAAAUGUGCAGUAUAUAUUGCCGUUGAGUGAGGAAAAGACCAUCCGGAUGAGGAAUAAUUUCAACACCGAGAAAAUGAUGAAGUAAACCAAGAUCUUUAACUGAAAACCUGCAUGUAAGUUGCUGAAUGAACUGUUCCAGAGCUUCAGAAUUGUUCCCUGUUAUUACUAUAUCAUCAACAUAGAUAAGGAAGUAUAGCAAAACAUUAUGAUGAGAAAAUAUGAACAAGGAAGCAUCUGCCUUUGACCGUCGGAAUCCUGCAGAAAUAAGAAAGCGUGACAGUUCAAGGUACCAUGCACGUGGUGCCUAUUUGAGACCGUAUAAAGCUUUUUGUAAAUGACACACAUGCAUGGGUUGAGAGGGAUCUUUGAAGCCCAGGGGCUGCAUCAUGUACACUUCUUCUGAAAGAGAACCAUGCAAAAAUGCAUUGUUCACGUCCAUUUGACGUAAAGGCCAAUUUCUUGAGAGAGCUAUAGCUAGAACAAUAUGUAUAGUUGUCGGUUUAGUAACCGGGCUAAAGGUUUCUGCAUAGUCCCAUCCAGGUUGUUGGAGAAACCCACAAGCAACUAGUCGAGCCUUGAAACGUGCAAUACUUCCAUCAGCGUUCCUCUUAAUACGAAAAAGCCACUUACAUGUGAUAGGUUUAUGAGCUGCCCGAGGAACGAGUGUCCAGGUAUUGUUACGCCGGAGUGCCGCCAUUUCAUCCUCCAUAGCUGAAUGCCACCUCGGAUCAGCUAAAGCAGUCUUCACACUCGUUGGUUCAAGGGUUGGUAAAAUAGGAUGAGUGGUGGUCUGGUUCACAAACAGACUUCCAAAAUAUUUUGGGUUUGGAUGUCGGUUGUGAGUGGGUCGAGGAGGCGUGAUAGGCUGGUUGGAUGAGGAGGGGUUAUUAACGAUGGGAAUUUGGAGUGUCCCAUUUGGUGGGGUGGAGGAAUUAGAAAUAAAGUGAGAUAUAGGAGUGAGGGACGAAUUAGGAAUAGGGUGGGAUGUAUUACAUAUGGGUGUGGCAGUAUGAUGAGGUUAGGUAGUGGAUGGUCGGGUCAAAGAGGAAUUAUGAGAGUAAUUGGUUGAUGAGAUGGGAAUUGACUCUAAAUGAGGUGAAACGGAUUGCAAAUGACCAAGUGCAUGGGAUGGAGUAGAUAAGGAUGAGUUUGAAUUUUGUGAAUGAUUGCCAACAGUUUCGGUCAUAGGUGUAUGUGGCGUUAAAUUAGGAGACAUGGGUAGGAGAUAAGGGUUGAUCGGGUAGUUGGGUAUGAUUGGUGGAGUAAGAGAUAAAUUAGGUGCAUUAUUAGAUAGACCGUCAACAGACUGUAUGUGACAAAACGGAUAAAUGUGACGCACAAAUUUAACAUGGCGACUUGUAUAUAUUUUGUGUUGUGAUAUAUCAAGACAGAAUUAGGCGGACUGAGAUAAAGAUAAAGAAUACCCCAAAAAUACACAUGGAGCCGACCGAGGUUGAGUUUUGGUAUGAGAGUAGGGACGGAGCCAGGGAUAACACAAGCAACCAAACGGUUGUAAUUUGAUAUAAUUAGGAUGGGAGUGAUACAAACGAGAGUAAGGGGUGUCGUUGUCAAGGAUCGUGGUUGGUAGACGAUUAAUUAGGUAUACCGCGGUUUGAAACGCAUAAGACAAGUAUUUUAUUGGAACGCCCGAAUAGUGUAAUAGGGAGAGUCCUGUGUUAACAAUAUGACGAUGUCUUCUCUCGGCUAGUCCAUUAUGCUCAGGUGUAUGGGGUAGUCAUAUGAGAGAUACCAUGAGCACUAAGAUAGGACCGAAGUUUAAUAAAUUCACCGCCAUUUUCGGAGAAAAAUAUAGUAAUUUUAUGAUUAAAAUACUUUUCAACCAGACGGUGAAACUGGGGAAACACAAUAGACACCUCAGAUUUAUUUUUAAGUGGAUAUAACCAUAUGUAACGAGUGAAAUGAUCCACAAAAAUAACAUAAUAACGAUAGACAUCAACUGACGUAUCAGGUGUACUCCAAACAUCACUGUAAAUGAGUUCUAGAGGGCGAUGUGCAUUCAUAGAAUUGACAAAGAAUGGUAAUUUGGUACUUUUAUUAACUGAACAUGACAAACAAUGGAAAGAACUGGACGUAUUACAUGAAAUAAUAUUUUUAUUUUGAUUGGCCAAAUAAUGAAAGACUCGACUAGAUGGAUGACCCAAAAUGUGAUGCCACUGAGAUUGAUCUGAACUUUGAGUGUGAUUGACUUGAGGACUGGGACGUGUUGGUGCAAAAGAGACAUCAUGAUUAUUCUCCCCGCGUAGUAGUGACGCCCCCGUGACCCGAUCCUUGACAAGAAAAUGGGUAGAAAAAAAUUCAAUGGAGACAUUGUUAGUUUUACACAAUUUGGCAACAUAUAUAAGAUUUUUAUUUAAAUGAGGAACACACAAUAUAUUGGAAAGGGCUAAGGGACGAGUAGACGUAGGUAGGGUGGUAGAACCAGUAUGAGUGAUUUGAAGGGCCUUACCAUCACCGAGGCGGACUUCAUCCGGUCCACCAUAUUCGACAUAACUGGGCAGACGAGUUACAUCAUUAGUAACGUGAUGAGAUGCCCCGAUGUCGAACAUCCAGGGCUGAUCAUGCUGAAUCGGGGUAGCAGCAACAUGGUUGACCGUCGGAGUAGGAGCUGGAGCAGAAUAUGAGAUGUGAUUAUCUCGGAGAAAACGUUGGAGUUUUCUGCACUGCUGCACCGUAUGACCCAUGUUAUCACAAAAUCUACACACAUGCUGGCCAAAUGAAAUACGUGAUGCAUGAGUCUGUUGACCACCUCUUCCACGACGUGAGUGUCCACCACGUCCAGGCACAAACAUAUUUCUUUGACCAUUAUUGUUAUGAGAGGGUGGGUAUCCACCACGGCCAGUAGAUUGGGUAGCAUUGGCGGUUGGGAGAAAAUUGGAAUUUUCCGUUGCAACCUCCGCCAAUCGUUGUUCGUGUUCUAGGAGAAUGGAGUGAAGUUUAGCAAACGGGAGUGCCGUUGGGCGAACACUAAUUGCAGACGUUAAGUCAUUAUAGGAAGAUCCAAGACCGUUCAAAAUUUGAACAACAAGAUCAUCUUCAGAAAGAGGACUUUGAGCCAGCGCUAAGGCAUCGGAAAGAGCCGUCAUCUCGGCCAAGUAUUCGGUGAUGGACCGGCUUCCCUUAGUGGUCCUGGCAAGGGCAGUUUUGAGAGAAAUGAUGCGUCGCCGGGAUGUACUAGCGUAAGUGAGAGCUAGUUUAUCCCACGCAUGGUGAGCAGUGGAGGCGGAGGAAAUUACCGGCUGAAUCGUGUCAGAGCAACUUCCAAGCAGUGCGCUGAGAAUAACUUUAUCUUGGCGAUACCAGAUGGUAUAACAUGGGUUAACCUGCGAUUUGGCAGCAUCAAGAAAAUGAUCUGGAGCACGAGUGGUACCAUCAACGUAACCUUCAAGUCCGAGGCCAAUGAGGGAUGCAUAAACUUGGGAUUUUCAAACAGGAAAGUUGGAUGUAGUGAGUUUGAUCGGAAAGUUGGUGGUGGCGGUGAGCUGAAUGACCGGGGUAUCGGCGGUGAUAGCCAUGGGGAAGAGAGGAAAAAAAAUUGAUGUAUUAAGCUCGUAUGAGAUUGGCUCUUGAUACCACAAAAGGUAUUGAACAAUUGUAUUUCAAAUAAGAUAAUCGAUGUACACUGGAGUAUAUUUAUACAUGCAGGGAUGCUAAUAUAAUGAGAUAAUUCUAGAUAGCUACAAUCGUGGAGAUAAUAACAAACAACAACCGUAUGCUAAAAUAAUGUACAUGAUAAUUACAAUAAUAAUUAUGCUUCAAUAUACUUCUCUAUCUGUCUAUAUACCUUUUUUUCUUUUUAUCCAACUCAGACAAGAUAUAGCCUUUUACAAAUUUUAAAUGAUAACUUAUCCUCCUAGGAUAUUUUUUCAAGAUUGUAUCUCGUAGAUUGAUGCAAUGAAACGGUCUGGAGAAAACUUUUAGCCCAGAAUGAAAUACUCGUACAUUUUAAAACCACGUAAACAAAGAACGCAUGAUUACAAAAAGGAGUAACUUCUAAACACAGGGAGGUCAUAACCUGGACAUGACCUUUCUAGGACUUUUCUUUAUCUGGUAUGAUCGUGGCAACAUUAUUUUAUAAAGGUCUUAUGGUGAACGAGGAAAACAAUUGCAGUAAAAAAAUGGUGCAAGUUAUUUUUCCCUACUCUUUUGUUGUUCCAAAACAAACCAAUAUACUACCCCCGUUCUUCAAUAAGUGCAACAGUCAACAUUUCACAUUUUCCGAGCACAACUUUGACCAUUAAUAUAUAUAACUCUCUAUUAGUAAAAAAAAUUAAAAAAUCAGAUUUUGAAAAUUUACAAUGAGACAAAUUUAGUAAUAUUUUUUUUUCAAAAAUAUAUAUUAAUACAUCAAUAAAUAAAAUGUAGUCAAAGUAGAACAUGUGAAUAGUGUAAAAUUUGCAAUGUUGCACUUAUUUAAGAAUGGAGGUAAUAUUUUCUUUUACUACUGUGAUAGAUUAUAGAUGGAUUACAUGGGUCAGAAAGCUACAUCUAUGAAUAUUGUUAAAGUUUUGAUAGCAGUAAGAAGCCUUUAACUAUUACAUCUUAACAAUGAACAACUAUGGAGUAUUAUUCUAACCUGUGUUAUGAUGUAAAAAGUGCAAUUGGCUAUCUUUUUAGGCUAUGAUUUGAAAAAACUAAGAUUACAAGUAUUAAAUAAAUAGAUGAAUUUAGUAUACUAUGUAGUACGAGUUUUUUUUAUAUUCCUAAACAUCUUGAUUAAUCCUCUAAUGAGAAUAAAGGAUGUGAACAAAUGUAGUUUUUUAAUAGAUUCUCCAAGUUUUGGGCUAUGAUUCGGAAUAAGAUUAUAAGGGGAAAAGUGCAGUAAGUGCAGAUUUUUAUUACAUUCUCCAGUUUUUUGUUACCAUUCACUUAUUUUUUCAUACUAUUUACUCAUGUUUUUCCUGCAAUAUAUAAAUAAAUAAACAAAUUUUAAAAAGGUGAUGCUUAUUAAUGAACUAACUUGAUACAUGAGUAGGCCCACACAAUUCAAGGCAAGUACAAACCUUAAAAUUUGUGGGAGAUUUGAGCAACUACAAAAAACUCUUAAGGAGCUAGCAUGAUCUAAAAUUGCUAAAAGAACAUCUGCUGCAUUAGUCACCAAGGGGCAUGGAUUGUGGUAAUCUUAAAACAUACUUUCACUUCAUGAUUUUGUGAAAUUGGGAGCUGAAUUUCUGCCACAAUCUUUGGCUUUGCUCUUUGGAGAAGGUAAAGUGUUGAAAUUAAGUCUGUUUCAAGGGUGAAUUGAAGUGAAGGAAGCCAACUGCAACCACCAAUGUGGAUUGAUUUAUAAAUGUUUUCUAAUUUUGUGACCGCACUACAUAAAUAUUCAUAAAUAAACAAUCGAUAUGUUACAUAUCAGUGGUGUAGAGUAGAAGCUUUCCUAAAUGCUCCCUAACACCAGAAAGCAAGGUCUCCCCCCCCCCCCCCCCACAUCAAAAUAAGCAUCUUGAUUUUUACUCAAGUUCUUCUCAUCUUUACAAAUGACAGUCCUUUUGUAAGGCAACAAUCCUCCUCCUAUUUUAUUCCUUAUUAGAAGCAUGAAGUUUGUGGUACUUUUAGUUUUACUCCAUGUUCUUGUUUACUUUUUUGCUAUCCACUGCACUUUUUAUUUAAUUUGUUAGGAUGUUACCUAACCUAUUCGUCUUUCUUCUCAGCUUUUGACGAAAUCUCAUGCUUAUAUUAUUCAUUUUUAUUCUUGUUUUCCUGUGGUCGAUUCAAGACUUUUCAUUCAAAUUCUAAUGGCUCUCCUAUACUCAGCGGUCAGAUAAUCAUCCUCAUAUGAUGAGUCGUGUUCGUACUCUUCUUCAUCGACCUUUUCAUUCUCAUUCAUUCUCAUCAGCCUUUAGCCUCUUUGGAUCUCUUCCAUCCGUUUAUUUACGUUCAUAUUCAGAGCACAUCCUAUUGUCAUUGCCAAAGACGGAUUGUGCCAAAGUCCGGAUCACCCAUCUCAAACCAGGCCUAAAAUUUAUGUCUUUAAGUUUCCAAAGUCUUGUUGGAAAUUUGACGUAUUUCAAAUAAAUUAAUGUGUGAACGGAUGUUUAUUAAACCAUUUAAUAAAUUAUCAUUGACCAAACGUUUCACUAAUGGUUGUCUAAUUUUUUUGAACUAAUGUCCGAGUUUUGUAACGUGCAUAGAGAAUGCUUGGCUAUCCUCACCUCUCUCCACUUAAUUAGGAUCUCCAACUUCUCUAACGUUACAAUUCUAUUCAAUAAAUAAAUUGGAACGGAGCAUGAAGUAAAUAUGGAUGACCUCUUCUGCUUGAAAAAUAUCUUGCGAACUCCAUCUUCAAAGAACAAGGCUUUCAUAUAAAAUGAUUCCUUUUAAAAGCCUUUGCUGGAUUAUUAUAGUGAUUUAGCUCAUAGUUCUGGUUCCGACUUAUUGUCGAAGGGCUCGUUAUAUCCUGGGGGAAGAUUUCUGUUCACCGGAAAUACUUUCAGAGGACAGCGUUUACGCGUCUCGAGCCAUGGUGGUUUUUGCUAAUUUUCUUUGCAGGUGUUUUCUCAAAAGUUGCUGCCUUGCUGGUCUGGUCCAGGAGAGGUGUUUCAGCAGCUUCUUCCAUGAACAAUGGUGAUCAAACCUGUUGCCCGGAGAGUAGAGAUGAGGAUAGCACUCAGUCACCCAAAACCGGGCUGUUAGGAGCAAGCAAAGUAGAAAAAUCCCCAACAAUCUCUGAAAGUAUUACUGGACGAGGCAUGCUCCUACGACUCCAUUCAAAUGGGCUGCUGAAAUCCUUGUUUACCUACAGGCUGCGUAAGUUGGUAUUUAUAUCAAUUACUUUAAUCUGGGCAGUUUUAUGUAUUCAAGAAUCAGCAUAUGUUAUGUUAAUGCAUUUUGUGAUAAUUUUAAUUGUUACCCUAUUCACAAUAAGCCUUGGUUUAAUCCCACUUAUUAUAAUUUAUGUCAUUUUAUGUGAUAGAAAGACAACUAUGAGAAACAAUAAUCCACUUAUAUCAAAAAUAAAAGUGAUUAAAAGUGAUGAAAAUUUUAUUGCGGUUGUUUCUCAAAGUUGUAAAAUAAAUGAUGUGAAUGAAUGGAUGGUAGACUCAGGGGCUACCAAGCACAUUUGUAAAAACAAAAGUGCUUUUACCUCCUAUAGUACUACUAUGGGAGAUGACGAAGAGCUCGUGUACCUAGCGGACUCAAAAACCGCAAAGGUGCAUGGUAAAGGAAAAGUUCUUCUUAAACUCACAUCGGGGAAAACUUUAUCACUAAUUGAUGUACUUUAUGUGCCUGAGUUUCGGACUAAUUUAGUUUCUGUUUCUCUCUUGGUAAAAGCUGGGAUUAAAGUAUCUUUUGAUUGUAACAAAAUUGUUAUGACCAAAAAUGAUGUUUUUGUGGGCAAAGGCUAUUGUAAGAAUGGACGUUAUGUGCUUAGUAUUCCGAAAUUAAUGCGUGAAAAUGCUUCUUAUUUGAUUGAUUCACAUGAUGUGUGGCAUGCAAGAUUAGGACAUGUGAGUGAUUCUUAUAUCAAUUUGUUGCGUGAUCGUGGUUUGAUUUCUAGUGGAAAGAAAUUGACACUAGAAAAAUGUGAUAUUUGUGUUGAAUCAAAACAAACCAAAAAAUCAUGUCCUACCACACAUAGGGAAUCAGAACUGCUUGAGUUAAUUCACACGGAUUUGGGUGAUUUAAAAAAUAUCAUGACUAGAGGUGGUAAUAAAUUUUAUGUCACCUUUAUUGAUGAUUUUUCGAGAUACACUAAAAUUUAUUUGCUUAAAAGUAAAGAUGAGGCUUUUGAUAAAUUUUUAGUGUAUAAAUCUGAGGUGGAAAAUCAAUUGAAUAAGAAAAUUAAGAGAGUGAGAUCGGAUAGAGGGGGCGAAUAUAUUUUAAUAAAUGAUUUUUGUGAGAGGGAAGGGAUUAUUCAUGAGAUAACUCCUCCAUAUUCGCCCGAAUCAAAUGGAAUAGCUGAAAGAAAAAAUAGGACAUUAAAAGAAAUGAUGAAUGUUCUUUUAAUUAGUUCUGGUGCUCCUGAUAAUUUGUGGGGGGGGGGGGGGGGGCUAUUCUUUCUGCUUGUCACUUACAAAACAGAAUUCCUUAUAAGCACAGUAAGAGAACACCCUACGAAUUGUGGAAAGGUUAUGUGCCUAAUUUGAAAUAUUUGAAAGUGUGGGGAUGUUUGGCUAAAGUCUUAUUGUCUGAUCCUAAGAAGAGGAAAAUUGGUUCUAAGACAUCUGAUUGCAUAUUUAUUGGUUAUGCUGAAUGUAGUGCUGCUUAAAGAUUUCUUGUUUUGAAAAGUGAUGUGCUUAGUUGCAAUACUAUUAUUGAAACAAAAAAUGCUGAAUUUUUUGAGAGUGUGUUUCCUUUAAAGCCAGAAUACAAGACAGUUGUGCCAUAUCGUGAAAGUGAGCCAUUAAAAGACAAUAAUACUUUUAAUGAAUUUGAUGUAUUUCAAAUAAAUUAAUGUGUGAACGGAUGUUUAUUAAACCAUUUAAUAAAUUAUCAUUGACCAAACGUUUCACUAAUGGUUGUCUAAUUUUUUUGAACUAAUGUCCGAGUUUUGUAACGUGCAUAGAGAAUGCUUGGCUAUCCUCACCUCUCUCCACUUAAUUAGGAUCUCCAACUUCUCUAACGUUACAAUUCUAUUCAAUAAAUAAAUUGGAACUGAGCAUGAAGUAAAUAUGGAUGACCUCUUCUGCUUGAAAAACAUCUUGCGAACUCCAUCUUCAAAGAACAAGGCUUUCAUAUAAAAUGAUUCCUUUUAACAGCCUUUGCUGGAUUAUUAUAGUGAUUUACCUCGUAGUUCUGGUUCCGACUUAUUGUCGAAGGGCUCGUUAUAUCCUGGGGGAAGAUUUCUGUUCACCGGAAAUACUUUCAGAGGACAGCGUUUACGCGUCUCGAGCCAUGGUGGUUUUUGCUAAUUUUCUUUGCAGGUGUUUCUCAAAAGUUGCUGCCUUGCUGGUCUGGUCCAGGAGAGGUGUUUCAGCAGCUUCUUCCAUGAACAAUGGUGAUCAAACCUGUUGCCCGGAGAGUAGAGAUGAGGACAGCACUCAGUCACCCAAAACCGGGCUGUUAGGAGCAAGCAAGGUAGAAAAAUCCCCAACAAGUCUACAUUACAUAAUUCUUUUAUUAAAAUGACCUUGAUUUAGCUAGAAGUCCAGAACUCGGACAAAAGGUAAACAAUCUACUGAAUAUUAGAUUCUCAACGUUGAUCUAUACAUGAGAAAUGACUCUUAAUUGAUCGACGAACACAACUCUUCAGAAAUCUUCAUUGGUCAAACAUUGUGAGGUUUCGAGAGAAAAACUUUCAAGACACAUUGCCGCUUGAGUUUAAAUGAAACACUACCUAUUGUGUGACCACUCAAACUAGCAUCUGGUAUCAUCAUUUAACAGAAUCCUCACAAAUUUACUUCUUGGUAACUUCGUCAGCCCUAUACCCAACCGUACAGCUUGACCGGGUUAAUCAAAUGGAUGAGGUGAUUAAUGUAUGAAUACAAAUGGUCAAAUUUCAAAAGAAAAAAUAAAGAGGAGUAGAUUUUAUGGAAAAGUCAUCAUAAUUAAACAACUUUUUGAUUAUACUCACUAAUAUUUUAUAUUAUUUGUUCUAUAUUAAAUGUCAACAUACUUGAAUGAAAUUGGAUUUGAAAUUCUAACCUACUCUUUGAGCGAUUGAGUAUGUCACAAUCAUCAAUUCAUUAUUGGACACUAAAUCACUGCUAGUAGAAGAGUAAAAUGGUAACAAAUUAUAAACAUUCUUAAUUACUUAUCAAUCCAGUGGAAGUAAACAAAAAGAAUCAAGUGAUUAUCAAAUAAAAAACACGUAGAAUUUCGUCCUGUCAUUAUUGACAAAAUAUAGAAAAUUAAUCAUAGUAAAUUAGUGCCCUAACCUCAAGAGAAAAUGAACCAAAAAACCUAAAAUGAACCAAAAAAUGAAAAUUUUAGUCAGGUUAUCGAGUUAAUGCAAAAAGGUAGCAGUUUGAUCUGUUUUCACAUCCAUAUCUUCCAUUAGCACAUUAUUGGAUAUUACUCGAUGAAGUUUCUGGAAAAUGGUAUAUUGGAAUUGGAGAUGUCAAUUAAAGCCAUAUAAAGAUGCAUUUUAGUUAUCUAAAUACUCUGUAGUGGUACAUUUUUGUUGUAGUGGGCAACGAGCUAAUUGACCUUGUUGGUGGUUUUGGGCACUUUUCUUCUAGUGAGCAUGAGAUAAGAGAUUCAUCCCGAACUUUAAUUUAACUAGUAAAGUGUCCUCCAUUAUUUUAAUCACAACAUGUUGAAUUUUACACUAUUCACAUGUUCUACUUUGACUACAUUUUACGGUACACUUUUACAAAAAUUAUUUUUUUUAAAAAAAUUGUUCAAUUCAUCAUAUUACAAAUUUUCAAAACCUGAUUUUUAAUUAUUUUUUACUAAUACAAAUUAAGAUAUAAUUACGGUCAAAGAUAUGCGUUGACAAGUGUGAAAUGUUGACCGUUGCAACUAAAAAAGAAGGGAGGGAGUAUUUAUCAAAAUACAAUAGCUCUAAAUAAAGAUAACAUGAAAUCACAAAAAUAAUAUUAUCUAAACAACAAUGAUUAAUUGUAAGAAGUGAGUCUCCACACCUCAAAAGCCAUAACACAAAACAAUUAAAAACUAGAAACUUAUCCAAGGAUUGAAUGAUAAAUAAAUUACGGAUUGAGGAAUUUAAAUUGAUUAAAUACUUGAUAUCUUUUAUUCCAUUCAUAAUCCUAAAUUAGUAUGAGGCAUGUCUUGUUGUUUUCUAUAGACUCACAUGAAUGGUGCCUUUUUUAUCAAGUUCGAUCAGCGAUUUGCCAGGGUCCAUUUUAGCAACCCGGGGCCGGUUAGGAAUUGGAUCCGAUUCUGGAUUUGGCAAACCUACGAGGGGAAUUCUAUUCACAACUACGUUUUUACUAAAUACAGGCACAUAAUUUUUAUAAUUCCUAUUUUAUCCUUAGCAAUACCC